AUGGUCGGCAAGAAGGGCGGCAAAGGUGCAGAGCCGUCAAGUGGAAGUGCCAAGGAGCAGUUCUGGAACGGCUUGAGCGCCGAGGAUGCCAAGCUUGCCAAGGCUUGGGACUGUGGCGAUCUCGAGCAUCUCCAGAGAAUCAAGGCCAAGAAGGAGGCCGAUGAGAAGAAAGAGAAGGAUCGGCAGUAUUACACCAUGAAGCAGAACGAGAGGAAGCAGCAGUGGGAGAAGGAGGAAGCCAAGAAGCAGCGCGACAAAGCCCGAGAGGAGAGCAAGUGGCUCGCCGACUUGGAGAAGAUCAAACAGCGAGCGUUGAGGGAAAAAGUUGUGGAGGCUUGGUAUGAUGGGUCCCAAGGAAAAAGCUAUGCAGAGAUUGGCCCCGGCACUUGGAAGGAGGUGCAGGGUGAGUUUUUCUGCACGCUCUGCGAGAAAUGCCCGAAUGGCGCUGCCCUCGAGUCGCACCUCAACAGUGAGGCCCACAAGAAGAAGCUUGCUUGGGCCAUGGGUGCGGCCUAUGCACCGGUGGCCACCCCGGCGUCUGCGGCGACGCCGAUGCCACAGGCGCUUCUCCCGCUUCCUGCGCCGGUGAUGCCCGAA